AUGUACUGCAACACAAGAAUGCAUCAUUUUUACUUUUUGAGGUAUCAGAGCAAAAACCAAUACCAUUGCAUUAGUAAUAACUGUUACUGCAUUGUUAAUGAGGACACCUGUACAUGCUACAGUAGCACUUUGUCCUCCUGCUUCUGUGAGACUUACAACAAUAGCAUUGCUCUCCCUACAGCAGUUAGUUCAGUUACAGACCCUGACUGUGUGCGUCUUAAUGAUAUGUACAUCUGCACUGGUGCUCAGUAUCGCAUGUACUGCAACACACAAAUGCAUGCCUUCUCCUACCAGAGAUCUCAGUACAAAUACCAGUACCUGUGUGUGAAUAAUGACUGUGACUGCUUUGGUAAUAGGGACACCUGUACAUGCUCUACUAGCACUUUGUCCUCCUGCUUCUGUAAGACUUAUGGCAAUAUCACCGCUCUCACUAUAGCAGUUAGUCCAGUCUAUGACUGUGCACGUUAUAAUGACUUGUACAUCUGCACUGGUGCUCAGUACCACAUGUAUUGCAACACAAGUGUACAUGAUUUCGAUUAUGAUAGAUACCAUUACUACUGUUUAAAUAAUAACUGUUACUGCUUUGGUAAUAAGGACACCUGUACAUGCUACAGUAGCACUUCAUCCUCCUGCUUCUGUACAAAUAACAGCAGUAGCAUCACUAUUCCUGCAGCAGUUAGUCCAGUUUAUGACUGUGGGCUUUAUAACGACACAUACAUCUGCACUGGUGCUCAGUACCACAUGUACUGCGACACAAGAAUGCAUCAUUUCUACUACUGGAAAUAUAGAGACCAAAACCAAUAUGAAUAUGAAUGCUGGGGUAAUAACUGUUACUGCUUUGGUAAUAAUGACACCUGUACAUGCUACAGUAGCACUUUGUCAUCCUGCUUCUGUAAUACUUAUGGAAAUAUCACUGCUCUCACUACAGCUAUUAGUCCAGUCUAUGACUGUGGGCUUUAUAAUGACAUAUACAUCUGCACUGGUGCUCAGUACCGCAUGUACUGCGACACAAGAAUGAAUAGUUUCUACUACUUGAAAUAUAGAAACCAAAACCAAUAUGAAUAUGAAUGCUGGGGUAAUAACUGUUACUGCACUGGUAAUAAGGACACCUGCACAUGCUACAGUAGCACUUCAUCCUCCUGCUUCUGUACAAAUGACGGCAGUAGCAUCACUAUUCCUGCAGCAGUUAGUCCAGUUUAUGACUGUGGCCUUCAUAAUGACACUUAUAUCUGCACUGGUGCUCAGUACCGCAUGUUCUGCAAUACAAGAAUGCAUUAUUUCUACUUCUGGAGAUAUAAAAAUCAAAACCAAUAUGGAUGCUGGGGUGAUAACUGUUACUGCUUUGGUAAUAAGGACACCUGUACAUGCUACAGUAGAACUUUGUCCUCCUGUUUCUGUGAGACUAACAUCUUCACAACUAUUGCAGGUGAGCGUGUUUCUAGACCUGAAUAUCUAAUUAUCGCACUGCCGGAUCAAUGCAGGACCUCAGAAGGAUGUCUUCAAAAUCUUCUUGAGCAGAUAGAGAACAGUGCAGCUCAAGAGCUCCCUUUGACUACUGUGAUGAGCAUUUUGACUGUGGUCUUCAACACUUCAGAGAAGAUAUUAGAGUCAUCAUCAGUAAACCCAGCUGAACUAGCCUCUUAUGGAAACAGUGUGUUAAAAGCCAGUGAGAAACUCAUUUCUACAUUAGUGAAGCAGACAGACACUAGUGACAGUGUCAGUUUUACUUUUGCUGCUGUAGAAGUCUUCAUGGUUGGACCACAGGUCACCUUAGAGAAAAUCCCUCGACUCGACACAACAAAUUCACAAAUUCUCAUCGAUCUUAUUGGGAUUGCCAGGAACAACAAUGAAAGAUCAGCUGCUGUGGCUUUCAUGAGCUACAACACGAUGGAGAAUCUACUGAAGCCAGACUUCUUCAACACAUCAAACAACACGAUUAAAACCAUGAUGUCCACUGUGAUCUCAGCUACUCUUCCCAAAACCACCAACACUGAACUCACCAAACCAGUCAACUUCACCCUCAAACACAUCAGAGAGUUUGAUCCCAGCGGUUCUCUGUUCUGUGUGUACUGGAAUAUCAGCGAGUGGAUUGUAGAUGGUUGUUCUGUUUUAAGGACCAACAGCAGCUACACUGUGUGUUCCUGUGAUCAUCUGUCGACAUUCGCUCUUGUGCAAACCAGCCAUCAGUCAGAGAGCGACUCACAUCUGGCGAUUGUGGUGUGUGUGAUCGUGGGACUGGUGUUCAUCAGUUUGGCUCUGUUGACCUUUGCCCUUUAUAAGUGGAGUCCUCUGCAAAAGAAUGUCAGUGUGUUUAAUCUCUGCAUUUCUUAUUGCAAGUCUCAUGCACUUCAGAAACUCAGACAACAGUACAUAAAGCUGGUCAGACAGCAGCAAAUGUUGUGUGCCGUGAUCUCAGGCCUUCUGCACUUCCUCUUUCUCUCCGGCUUUGUGUGGAUGUUCAUUGAAGCUCUGCUGCUCUUCAUCUGUGUGAAGAACCUAUCACAGAUCAGCUCCAGAAAGAGGGAGGUGCUUAGAAGUGGAUUUCUGUGUGUGAUUGGAUAUGUGGUUGCUCUGGUUGUGGUGUGUGUGUCUGUCGGUCUGGUUCCUGAAGGCUACGGCAAUGAACAAUGCUGGAUUAAAAUGGAAAAAGGCUUCAUCUGGAGUUUUCUGGGUCCUAUUUGUGUCAUACUAGCGUUAAACAUGAUUCUCUUCAUCAAGAUCGUCAUCAGUAUGAUCUCAGCUCUCAAAACUCUCAAUGCUGAAGUUUCACAGAUGAAACAAACCAAGAUUGUGGUGUUUAAAACACUGGCUCAGUUUGUGAGGACCAGGGUCGGCAUGGAACAGCCAUGCUGGGCCACCAGUAUCUGUUCCGGAGGAGCGAUAGUGUGCAUUGGCUGCCUGGGUGACCCGAUCGUGGAGAAGUGUAGAUGGAGUCCAGAAGGGCGAGUCGUAGAGUGCUGCUAUCAUGACCGCACCAAAAAGGACAUAGUAUUGAAGGAGAUAACGGAGGAACUGCAGCUGCCAAGCUCCCUGUGCAAAACUGGCAUCCCAAGUUGUCCUCUUUUCCCGAGCCAUGAGCGGGUCCAUAUUGCCCUCUUCCACCGGUCAGGCAACAGUACAGGAAGUUCUUCAGAUGUCUUUGCUGUGUUAAACAACACUGAGGACCACAGCAUCAUGUUCAUGAAGUGA